AUGGCUUCUGGACAACCUACUGAUCCAUACAAGGCCAAGAACAAAGAUGAACCUGGCGUCGAGACCAAGAUCGAGCAGCUGAACAACUUCAUUCAGUCGCAGAAAUAUGGAAUGAUGACCACACGCAUCGCCGAAAGCGGUCUUCUCGUCUCCAGGUGUAUGGCUCUCGCAGCACAGGAAUCCGGCGGCGUCGACCUCCUCUUCCACACAAACACCGAAUCCGGCAAGACGCACGACCUCGAAUCGGACUCGCACAUCAACAUCUCGUUCUGUUCCGCAAACGGCAGCUGGGCCAGCAUCUCGGGCACGGCUGCCGUCAUUACGGAUCGCGCCGUCGUCAAGAAAUACUACACGCCGGCGCUCAAGACGUGGCUGGGCGACCUGGGCGACGGCACGCACGACGGCAGCGAGAACGAUCCCCGCAUCGGCGUCAUCAAAGUCAAGGCCGUCACCGCCACGUACGCCGUGUCCCAGGGCACAUUCCUCGGUCGGGGCGUCGAGAUGGUCAAGGGUGCCAUUACAGGCGAAGCCGCGCAGGUCAAUGCACUCCGUGAGAUUGAUGAGGAGGAAAUCAAACAGUGGAGAUUGUCACAUCCUUGA